AUGUCAGAUCCCCAUCUUUUAUCCGUGAGCACUGAAGAGCAACCUACUGGGCGCGGUAAACGAGUGAAGAAGCCAUCGCCGAAGGUCAGAGAUGCCGCUGCUUCAGCAGGCCAUCUUUCGUCGCCAUUGACGCAUCUGCCACGCCGCAAAGUCUUCCGCACAACCAACAACGCCUUGACAGCACUCGGAGCAUCGGCCACCAGCUCGGCGUCUUCUAAACCACCUGCUGGGCACACAACUAAUCCACAAGUGAACAAUCACUCGAGCGGCGGAACGCCCGCAGGCGUGGCCAAAACCGCGAAAGAGUUCAAGAAACCGAGAGCGCAUACAAUGGCACGUCCAAGGCAGCCGAAGUCGCAGCAGCUUCCAUCACUUACAGCAAGAUUCUCAGCCGCUACACUCAUCAUCUAUCAAUGGCCGACGCCAAAUCCACCGAAAUCUUUUCUGGACCUGUCCGGGUCUAAUCGCCGCUGGAAGAAUCGCAAAGACGAGGAGGAGCAAGCAGCCGACGCUGAGGAUGGCGUGGACGACUGGGAGGCUUAUGAUGGUGAUGCAAAUAUGUACGGUGGUCCAGAAGGCAUAGCAAAUGCUGUCGCUAGCACAUUCGUAAAGCGUGCCAAGCGUGCUUUCUGGAAGGGACAAACCUGGGAGGAAUUCGAGGCCGCAGAGUUGGGUUUCAAUUUGAAAGAAGCGGUCGAGGCGAGCGAUGAUCAGUCACAGCGACGAGUUCUUGAAUUUGAGCCUCUCAAUAACGGGCUCCGUUUGGAUGUAUUCGAUCGGAUCAAAGAGCGGCUUUGUAACGAAAUCUGGUUGGAGGCAUACCCUCCGUCUCGUCCUUAUACGGUCAAUGGGGCUACCAGCAGGCGAGAUACCAGAGCACCGACUCCAAUCACAUCUCGGACUAUGGCGGAGCACCAGAUCAUGGAGAAAGAGCGCACAACGACCGCUUUCGAAGCACGCGACGCAGGCUCCUUUCCAGUUUACGGUGGCCAUCGUCUUUUUCCCUAUUGCAACGUGGUCUUCAAGGAUGACUAG